AUGAGGGCUCUCGUCGUAGUCGUGCUCAAGCUACAGACUUCGAAUGAAUAUGUAAUGGCUUGCAUAUCGAAUUCCUUUUUUCUGCUUGCAGCACAAUGCAUUGCCCCUUUGGGAAUGGAAGCAGGAAUCAUUCCAGACGCCGACAUCACAGCAAGCUCGAGCUUUGACAGUAGCAACGUCGGACCACAAUUUGCACGAUUGAAACAAGAACGACAUGGCGGUGCUUGGUGUCCAAAACAACAGGUCACAACAGAGCCGCAUGAAUGGCUAGAAAUAGAUUUGCACACCAUGCACGUUAUUACUGCUACUGCAACUCAGGGACGUUUUGGAAAUGGAGUUGGAGUUGAAUUUGCAGAAGGAUAUAUCCUUGAAUACUGGAGACCAAAGCUCGGCAAAUGGGUCCGAUAUAAAGAUGUUCGCGGUGAAGAAGUAAUAAAAGGCAAUACAAAUACAUAUCUAGAAUCGAAACACGAGCUCGAACCAGCAAUUUGGGCGACGAAAAUUCGAUUCCUCCCGUACAGUUAUCAUUAUCGUACCGUCUGUAUGCGCGUCGAAUUGUAUGGAUGCCCAUGGAAUGAUGGUAUUGUAUCAUACUCGAUGCCACAGGGCGAUAAACGGGGCAAUUGGGAAUUCUUCGAUGCUACCUAUGAUGGAUUUUGGGAUGAUGAAUUGCAACGAGGCUUAGGACAACUUACGGACGGUCGUACUGGACCUGAUGACUUCAAAAUGGGAUACUAUGGUGAUGAUCGAAGUCAAGGAUGGGUCGGAUGGAGAAAUGACACAAGAGCUGGACACCCACUCGAUAUUAAAUUUGAAUUUGAUCGUGUCAGAGAGUUUUCAGCUGUUCAUAUCUUUUGCAAUAAUCAAUUCACUAAAGAUGUACAGGUUUUUUCCGAGGUAAAUAUAUCAUUCAGCAUUGGUGGAAAAUGGUACAUAAGUGAUCCAAUAAUUUAUGCGUACAUAGAAGAUAAAAUAUUUGAAACUCCACGAAAUGUGUCAAUAAAACUUCACCAUCGCAUUGGUAGAUUCAUAAAAUUACGAUUUACUUUAGCGGCCAAGUGGCUUAUGAUAAGUGAGAUCACUUUUGAUUCUGACAUAGCCCAUGGGAAUUUUACGCCAGAAUUUCCCCCCUCGACCGAGUCACCACGUACAAAGAACCAAAGUACCUCAAAAGAUAUUCCACUGCAAGCGGAAAUUCCUAUCUCAACGGCUAAACAGGACGAUCCAACGUACAUGGCUGUUAUAAUCGGUGUACUGACAGCUGUAAUACUUUUAUUAGCUGUUGCAAUAUUUUUCAUCGUAUCGCAUCAUCGGCAAAGGAAGAACUUUGCCAGUUCUCUUGAUGCUAAAGAAUCAAUACCUUCUGGUAAUCAUCAACAUUUAUCACCAGAAUCUGCUUACGGCACAACUGGAGAAAAAGAUUCGUCAUUAAUGACGUACAGAGUUGAAGAUUUUGAUGAUCGUUAUGCUGGUGCUAAAUUAACAACAUUACCGCGUGAUUUAAAUGAUCGUUUACUCGGUGAUGUUAGAUUAGAUGAAUACCAGGAACCGUUUCAUGAAAACAAAUAUCGAGAACCAUCGCAAGCUACUUAUUAUGGUUAUAGUACCGUUGUUAUUGACAAUAAGGAUUUGCAUGAUAAUAUUGAAUGUUCAGAUCCCACAUAUGAUUAUGCGGUUCCAAUACCAGUACCCAGUACCAGUAGCGAGCAUGAAAGUGUCUUUUCGAAAACAUCGUCGAGAGGUAGCGCUAAGGCAUGUUUGCAGAGUUUUUUUCCACCGCCACCGCCACCGAUAAGCGUCCCACCAAGUCGGGGAUCUAACAACGUAGUCUAUUCAAGUUCUCCAAGCCCUCAACUAAUCUCUGAGCGUGAACGGAGAGGAAGCAAACGUCGGGAGCACACGCACAAUAGAUACGCGUAA